CACUUGACAAUGUCGACACGAAAAGUAAAAGUAAACUCGGCGAGAUCGUUGUUUCACAUGAUAAAUCUUUGAUUUUAAAGAAAUCGAAAAUGUCUGUAAAUCUGAACACGAAUAUCGAAAGCGAUCCCUCUAAGACCGUUAGAUCUGAUCCUCCAUUCAUCUGUGCAUCGGACGAAAUUGACAGUUUUUUGAAGAAGUUAUUUGAGUUUUUCAACGAACAGUUCAACAAACAAAACCAUCCAAAAUAUGUGGCGCAAUUGAUUAAGAAGUACAUAGGAGACCUCAAUAAAAAUCCCGCCAAAGUUCUGAUCAUGAUGCUUAAGCACAAACACGAUUAUCUGGCAAGCUUGAUCGGACUGUUUUAUCAAUUUGGAAUUGGAACCCUGGUGGAUUCACAGAUAGCUCUCGAAAUGUAUUCUCAGGUGAUAGGAAAUCUGAAAAUCAAGGAAACGCCACCUGAAUCAUGUGAGAUAAGUAGUCGACUCAUCAGUGAGUUUUCGACUGGAUUCAUGUACUUAUUUGGGACCGGGGUUGAACAAGAUCAGGCCAAGGCCUUUCAAAUCUUUUCAAAAUUAUCUAAUGAAGGAUUCGCGCUGGCAAAAGCUUACCUUGGAGAAUGCUUUGAGCGUGGAUACG